AGUAAGUUGAAGCUAUGUUCAAGGAAAAAAGAAUAAGGAAGAAACUCUGAAGUAUGGUUCUAAAAUUUUUAUUCAAGAUUUAAAGUUAAAACUUGAUGAGGAAUUCAGGAUGAAGACCUUGAGACCUUGGAAGAUUUGAGUUUGGGGAUUUUAUGAUCAAGCUAAAACUAUUUCAAGGGAAACGGAGAUAGAGCAGAAGACAUGGCUAAUAAGAAAGCACGACUCAACUUUCAGCAGUAAAGAAAGAAAAUGUAUUACUUGUAUUAGAACAGCUUCGGAAAAAAGAAAAGGGAAAUAAAUGGAAAUCAAAGCAUUUAGUCCUGCUGGGAGAAGUAUGGGCGUUAUUCUAAAACAAUAAAUGAAGAAGUGGAGAGUAGGGGCCAAAUACUUUGAUAGAUAAAAUUGAUCACAAAAUAGACCACAUAGGCUAUAAUUAGCUGUGAGUUUUUUUCUUGAAUCAUUUACUUUCAGAAUUAGUAAUAUGUGUGAAACAGAGGGAGCAGACUGUUCUCUGUUAAUUUUUCCUCUGAAUGAAGAUGUAUUCUUUGUAUGAAAUUCUGCAACCAUGGCUGCCAUUUCAGGCUUCAGUUUAAUUAUAUAAAUAGAAGAAAAACAGCUAUGCCUCUAACAAACACAGAAAAAUCAGCUCUGCUGUGAUCUCAAAUUCAGAAUAAAAGACACUGUCAAAGGAAAAAGACUCUUCUCUCUGUGUAUGACUCUGUUUCCUACAGAUGUUUCUUCCAAAGUUUAGGAAAAAUUCUGGUAAUCCUUAAAACUUUAAAUGGUACUUGGAAUUUCUAUUCCCAGCUGAGUACAAAUAGAGAUUUCUGCUGAGGAAGAGCAAUGCUUUUUGUUUUUGAGAAAUAUAAACACUAAAUUUCUUCCCAUGAAAAAGAAGAAUGUAAGAUCACAAAUGUUAUUUUCAGUAUUAAAGAUUUGAAUCUUGCAAGAAACUAGCUUGUUUAGCUCUUGGUUAAGUCUAUCAGCAGUUAAAAAUAAAAUACACCGUCACCUGAAAUCAGGAUUGAGGUUGUUUUUGUGUAUGCUCACACACGUACAUGUUUGAGGCUCUUUGCAAACAAACAUGGCUGUUUCAUACACACUCUGUGGGACGUCAUUACUUCAAUUUGAUUUGUACUGUUUACCACCCCUAGUCAAAUACAAGUGGUCUCAUGCUGGUUACAGCAAACAAGCUGCACUCCUGAAAUGAAAUAUAGUACAGCAGAAAGUCCAGGAAUAUGAUGUCAUUAACAGAGGGAUGAGUCUGCUCUGUUCAGGGAGGGGCAGAAAAUCAGAAGUUACAUUCAUUCAUACAACAGACGGAGCAUGGCUGCUCGCUGAGAAGUGUUGCACUCACUUGUUUGUACUUCCUCAGUAGCAAAUUUGCAGUCAAGAACUCGCAUCCCCUCAUUUCCUCUCCAUCUGUUCCUGGCCUGCCACGAGACUUUUCUGCCUGCUGCAGAGAGCUGCUGCAUGCCACAGAGAGCUUUAUAUGCUACAGUGUCUGCAAAAUUGGAGAAAUGGUUACCAUCACACCUGAAAACAUUGUGCAACUUUACAAUGUUGUGGCCACACAGGAGUUUACAAUCAGUCCAGCAGAUUUCCACAAUAAUUCAAGUGUGCAUCAAAUGAAUGAAUAUGAAUGUAUUAAUCCAGAUGCAUGGAAAUGGCUACAGACUUAUCAGCCUGGAUUCCUUUGGAUUAUGUUUAUUCUGGGAACAAUAGAAAAUGCCUUUGUCCUUAUUGUCCUGUGCUUCCACAAGAGUCGCUGCUCUGUGGCUGAAAUUUACCUAGCAAAUAUGGCAUUUGCUGAUCUAAUGUUUGUCUGUUCUUUACCUUUCUGGGCCAUUAAUAUUUCUAAUAAUUUUCAGUGGACUUUUGGCCUGUUCCUCUGUAAAGCUGUCAACACAAUCAGCUACAUGAACUCUUACUCUAGCAUUUAUUUUCUGACGUUAGUGAGCAUCGAUCGCUAUCUGGCCUUGGUAAAAACCAUGUCUCUGGGACGGAUGCGGCGAACAGCCUGUGCCAAGUGGAACAGCUUUAUAAUCUGGGUGUGUGCACUGUUCAUAUGCUCACCUACAAUGGUGUUCCGAAACUUACAGUAUUUCGAAGAGUACAACAUCACAGCCUGCUUUCUUGAUUAUCCAAACCCCUACUGGCGCCCUGCAAACAAUUGCCUGCUGAAUACUGUGGGCUUCAUGAUCCCACUCUGUGUAAUUACCUAUUGCACUACUCAGAUCACCAAGGCCUUACGAAGCAAUAAGUUACAAAAACUCAAGUUAAUCCAGACAGAGAGGAAAGCCACCUUGCUGGUCCUUGCUGUGCUCUUGCUGUUUGUCAUUUGCUGGCUUCCAUUCCAGAUCAGCACCUUCAUCGACACAGUCUGCUACCUAGCAGGGAAUUUGAAAUGCCUUGAAGAAAUCAAUGAUAUUGUGACCCAGAUGGCAAUGUACUGCGCCUAUAGCAACAGUUGCUUGAACCCAGUCCUGUACGUUAUUGUUGGGAAACACUUCCAGAAGAAGGCAGUGGAAUUCUACAAGGACUUGAUCCCACAAAGGUGCAGAAAAUCACAGUCUGUGAAGACAGAAAACUCCCUGGACACUUUACGAACUUCCAUUUCAAGUGAAUAUCUAAGGAAAAAAUCUGUUUUGCCAUUAUCACAAUAGCACAGUUCAUAAUGGAAAAAAAAACCACUUUUGAUAUAUCAGUCUCCACUAAUAUGCAUCUGCUAUGAGUCAGCAGAAUGAACACGUAGCAACAUUCAUCAUUUGAGGGAAAGCAAUGGUUUGAUCUUAAAAUCAAACCCAAUACAGUGAAUUACUUCUAAUAUUACUGGUCAUUUUUCUAACUGAAUCAUUCUUUGUAGCAUACUUACAUUUUCAUGGCUGAAUUAUAGUGUUUUGCAUGUAUCAUUUGAAAUGAUUGUAUUUCUGUGGAAUAUAAGUGUCAGAAUGCACAUAGAGUUCUCUGAAUAGAGUCCCAGUCUGGAAGCUAUUGUAAGGGCCAUGCAACUACUUAUGGUACCUGUACCCUUGGAUAGAGUACAUUUUUUGAUAGGAUGGAGUUGUAUUUAUGUAAGUUUAAAUGAAUCCAUCAAGACUAUUUUUGAAAUGGAUUUUCAAACAUGGUCAUCUUCUGGGCUUUUCUUUUCUCUAUUUUGAAGUAAUUUUAUUUACUUGAUUUACAAGCUGGGCCUUCUUGCAAAUGCUGUGACUGCUGAGUGCUGAUUUACUUCUGCCUGUAUGUAUGCAUAGUUCAGAAAAGGCAGUGCAGUAAAGAAAGGAAGGCUGCAGCCAACCUCAUGAAGGCAGUGGAGUUUUCUUUAUAGCAGGAGAAUCUUUACUCCUGCAAUGAGGUAAAGCAUUCACUAUAGAGAGCUCUUUAGAGUUAAUGUUAUUCACAUUUAUACCUAUCCUACAGAUCAGAAACUUGUUUUUUAAUAUUCACAAAGCAUAAUUAAUAUUUGCAAUAUUAUUUAAUGGAAACAAAUGCUCAGUGCAAUGGGCACAAUCUCACAAGAAGAAAAAUAUAGAGAAGAGCAUCAUCUCACUGCCUUAGAAAGAUGACUGAAGCUAAUAGGGGUCUUGAAUGCUAGGAAUACUCCAAAUAUGGCAUUUUCCAGCUCUAAUACUACCUAAAUUUUAUUUACGGAGUUAGUCUAUCUGAUUAAAAUACAAAAUAACAAUUCAUAAAUUAGACAAUUUAAAAAUGAAAAAAUUUUACACAGAAGAAGCUCAGUGUCCUUAAUAGUCAGUAAGAACUUUUACUUCUAAGAACCUAGAUCUCAAACCAAAUUGGUGACGAUCUAAAAGCUUCUGAAAUCAACAGAGCCUUCCUGUUCCUUUCAAAGCACUUAAAGUUGGAAUUUUAAUUUAAGUGCUUAAAACUCUGAAGAAAUAGAGUUUUGAGACAUCAGUAAACUCAAAAUGCUAAUGUGUGACCUUUAUUCAUAAGAACAAGAACGGAGUAAUAAAGUUCCAUUCAAGCUAGGAAAUCUGUAUUAAAUCUUCAAGUAACUAAACUAAAGAAACACUCUUGAAGUCUGUGAAUGUGCUAUAUAAACUACAGGAUUUAGAUGGCUGCAGAUAAUUUAUAAACAAUUUCUAUAGGUUUCAUUUAAACACACGUUAUAAUUCUAUGUUAUAAAUAUUUCUACUGUUUGUUCUAUAUAUUGUCCAAGAUGCCUGUGAUGAAACACUGCAAGUCUUACUGUUAUCUCCAAUGUUACCAGUAUCGUCUUGUUCAGGAGCAUGCUGUUCACACAACCGUUAAGUGAAACCAUACAGAGGUUAUGGGGACAAUGGAAGAGAAUUUUGAGUAUUUGGUACUGACAAGUGAAAUAUGAAAAUAUUAUGACAUGUAAAGAAUAUGACAUUAAUUUAAUGUAAAUAAAUAGAUGUGUUAUAUUGCUAUACAGUAAAUACGUACAACAGAAAAUAAACUACCUUAAGAUAUGAAA